CGUUUUUGACUCUUGCUGAAGGGAAACUUUAACCGCACUCUUGGCGCGCGCGCGCGGAACUAGCGCAGCUACAGGACCCUUAACGCUACAAGAAGAUGCUUGAGAGCGACUCAUCUAGCAGAUCUUCGUCUGAUAGCGACAAGAACAACGCUACUGAGGCAAAGGGAUGGCGAGACGUGGAGAGCUGCGAAGUGCAGCUGCGAGUGAACGAUGUUUAGAACACGCUGCUGAGCAAGUCUCGUACUGAAGCGGACGCGGUUUUAGCUCGUCUUCGACGGCGCAUGUUUGGAGCAUCGUUGUCUGGGCUUGCUAGUGUCGGUGAUCUAGUAAGCGCGUGGAUGGAUAUAUCCAUACUAUCUGCAAUCAAGAGCGUCGUGAAUACAAGCAUGGAGCAGGAGUCGCAUGUGUGCGUGAAAGAGUUGCUGCCGUUUGUGGAGGUGGAGCUUUAAAUGAGUUACUAUGCCGUCACGCUGACAUUCUUCUACCACCGAGACAGUCGUGAUUACUUUUCCCCAACACAAAGCGCGUUGCCGCAAACGCGAUACAUGGCAAUAUUGAAUGUGUUGGGGCCGCAAAGAACUCGUAGUGAUGGUAUGACAGAGCAAUGGACCGCUCCGAUGAGUCCUGAUAGAGAUACUUCUCACGUGGCUGGACUUAUUAGACAGUUGUGUGGAGAAAUCGGAUUCGUAGAAGGCACAUCUAUUGCCUCGCUUGAUGACGAUUUGAUUCGCCUUCGGUCUCACUUGGUUGAUGACAUGGCGCUGGCACAUGUUCGAAACCCAAAGAAGGGGUAAGCACAUUAUACCGGGGUUGAUCUAUGAUGAAUCUGUGCCAAUUUCAUCCUUUUCCUCACGUG